AUGUCCCUCCGCUCUGGCCGUCGGAACGGUGUCCUUGAAGAUGAUCCAGUGGGACCCUAUGCCAUCGAGAAGACGCCUAGGAACGGAGACAAUUCUUCGUUGCCGACCAACAAUCGCGAUAUUUCCCACCGAUAUGUCUUGGGUCUGUUCCGAGUUGACAGCGCCGGCGAGAGUGGUCGUACGGGCUUCCAUCCUCUACACUUCUUCAGGGUCAUCUUCAGAAGCACAUGUACAUUUUCGAUGAUUGUCAAUGUCCUUUGGCCAUUUGUACCCGCUGCGAUUGCCAUCCAUUUCGCUCGACCGGAUCUGCACGUGUGGGUAUUUGCACUCAACUAUAUCGCAAUGGUGCCUUCUGCCAACGUGCUGGGAUUUGCGGGCGGCGAGUUGGCGAAGAAAUUGCCGAAAGUGCUUGGAAUCAUUCUGGAGACGUUCCUCGGUGGAAUCGUCGAGGUGGUUCUCAUCAUGGUCCUGCUGCACAAUCACACUCCGGAUCACCCACUCAUCCCCGUCAUCCAGGCUGCCAUCCUCGGCUCCAUCCUCGCAAACUUGCUUUUGUGUUUGGGCACAUGCUUCUUUAUUGGCGGUCUUACACGCUCCGAGCAGAGUUUUCAUGAAGCUGUGAGCGAGGUGGGCACGGGUCUGCUCCUGGUAGCCGGGUUCGGUCUGCUGAUCCCGAGCGCCUUCUUCUCGACCCUCAAAGGCGCUGUCAAUGAAGAGUUCACCCUGGACAUGCUCCGUAAUGACACACUGACAAUAAGCCGCGCCACGGCCGUCAUUCUCAUUGUGGCCUUCUUGACGUAUCUCGUGUUCAAUCUACACAGCCACAACACGAUCUUCGAUGAGAUUUUCGAAAAGGAUGAGGAGCAGGACGAGGAUGGACACCUGGAGCAACUGCGGAAGAAGCUCACCUUCCUCGAGUGCAUUAUUGCCAUCCUCAUCUCGCUCACUUGUGUCACUCUGUCUGCUGUGUUCCUGGUGCAAGAGAUCGAGCCCAUUGUCGAGCAAGGUGUCUCUGACACCUUCAUGGGUCUGAUCUUAGUCCCUCUUGUCGAAAAGGCCGCGGAACAUUUGACCGCGGUCGACGAGGCGUGGGACAACCAGAUCAACUUCGCCCUUUUCCACUGCCUGGCACCGUCCAUUCUGACUGCUCUUCUGAACGCGCCGCUGGCCGUGAUUGUGGGCUGGGGCCUCGACAAGCCCAUGGACCUCAAUUUUGAGAUUUUCAUGGUCAUUCUACUGGUGCUGUCCAUCCUGGUCGUGGGGAACUUUUUGCGGGAUGGCAAGUCCAAUUAUCUGGAGGGAACACUGUGUGUGCUCGUGUAUGUGAUUAUUGCAGUGACUUCAUGGUACUACCCUGGUGCGCAUAUCACUUCGACGAACGGGGAUUUGCCACAAACCACUCACGGCAAAUGA